ACUCCACCACAGAAGGUCGAAGCAUGGCGAAGUCAGGAACAGACAAACGAGUGAAGGAAAUCAGAACGAGAGUGGAGCUCAAGGAGCACAGUAUAAUCAAUUAUGGCCCAAAUGCAUUUAAACCAGUUGAUGAUGCUAUCUUGAUAGCAAAGCUAAGACCAGGCCAAGAGAUAGAUAUCAAGAUGCACUGUGUGAAAGGCAUUGGUAAAGACCAUGCAAAGUUCUCACCAGUUGCAACCGCAUCUUACAGACUGUUACCGGAUAUCUCUCUCAAUUGUGAUGUCACUGGGGAGUUAGCAGAACGAUUGGUGCAAUGUUUCUCCAGAGGAGUAAUGGAGUUGAAGGAAAUAGAUGGUUUGAAGCAUGCAGUUGUUGUGAAUCCACGUAGCGACACUUGCAGCAGAGAAGUGUUCAGACAUGAGGAUCUGAAGGACCUUGUUAAGCUGACAAGAAUACGUGAUCAUUAUAUAUUUUCAGUUGAAACAACCGGAGCCUUACCUCCCAAUGUAUUGGUAUCAGAAGCAGUGAAAGUGUUGAUGUCUAAAUGCAAGCAAUUCUUGUCUGAACUUGAUAACGUUGAUUCAUAAAGCUAAUUUAAUGGCAAUUUAAGGUGAAUUCAAUUGCAUUACAUGAAUGAAGAUUAUGCAUAACACCAGGCAAUAUAGUAAAUAAUUAUUAUGAUGUUUGUUUAAUGAUGCCAUAAACUCAUCAAACCAGACACACUAUCACUGGCAGAAUACUAUUUGCGUUGAGGACCUGAAAAUAUAUGUAGCUGCCACAAAAUGGCAUCUCAGAAAUGAGUGGUGCUCUUCAACAUAUUCCAAAGGUAGAAUUAAGGAACUGCAGUCUGGAAUUGAAGCUAGAAGUUUGAAUUUUGACACGAUGGAUAAAGUACUGUAAUUGCAGAUUAUUUAAAGAAGUGUGAUUUUAUUUUUUUUGGCCAGCAAGGCUGAAACUACAGCCUGGUUUCCUUAAAAUAGUUACACACUCGCUACAGUGUUAUAAGUGCAAUCGUUGAGCUGUGUAGCAGUUCCCGAGGCAAAUGGGAAGGCUCCCUGAUUUGACCGACCAAUCAGUAUCACCGAAAGCUGUCGGUGAUAGCAUGACUUGUAACGAUUGCAUGGAAACUAAGCUUUACAACAUCCUAUAAUGGGGCUGCAGGUUUUUAGUUCUGUAUUGCCAAUGACAUAGUUUCAGGCCUUAUUUCCAGUAAGGUGCUGAUUCAGGAUUUACAAAUAAGAAAAACAGAGUGUAACUAUACGUUUGGAAUCUACUGUAUUCUGCAAUUUUUGCAAUUAUAACAUGGGAGGGUGGAGGUAUAAGAAAAAAUUGUCGGGGGCCUCCUAUAUUAAUGGACCUUCAAGCAAAACCCCGCCCCUUGGAUAUUGUUGUUACGGCCACACAAAGUGACAUUUGAUAAGGUAACCAUAUCUAUUUAAUUGUCAUUGGACAGAUUAUUCUUGUUUUGGUUAUCAUUAACAAAUAUAUCUGUUGAUGGUCAUUCACAAGUGUACAUUUCCACAGAGGGUACCGGUUUAGAAGAGUAUAAAAUAGAUAAAAUGAGUUUUGUACAUUUUCUUUUAAAUAAUGUUUUAUUAUAAACAUUUUAAUGCAAUAGAGAUACUUCUUUUACUGACAUCAUCAUCUCAACAAGUCUCAGUUCUGCCUUUGUUUCUUUGUUUUAUGGUAAGCCUCUUAUCCUUACUGUUUAACCUGUAAAAUAGUACAUAAUUUUCCUUUAGAGAAAAAGAAAAUGUUAUUUUGAUAGGUAGAAGCCCACUAUGAUGACCAUGUGUAAAACGAUUUUCAAAGAGAAAGUAAAUAAACUCUGAAAAUUAAAU